AUGGUCUGCGCCUCCCACCUCCUCCCGCAAAAGAUCCACCCCUGUCCACCUCCCCACGCCUCUCCACUUCUAAAAUUUAUAAUGUUAAACUAUGGCCUCGAUUACCACCGAGCCGCCAAUUUCAUCGAUAUCCAUGGUAGUAUCAACUACCACAACACAAACGGCAGUGGAAUCAAUACUAUUCCUGAAAUAGAUAUCGAUCUGGAAAGGUUAUUUAGAGAAGUGGAUAGUGUUGAGCGACGGGAUGAGUUUUAUUGGAGGUGUUUGGAUGUUCAGGCUCAAGCUGGGCUUUGGGGGAGGACGAGGGAGAGGGAACGGGGGAGGGAGUGUGUUAUUUCUUGA